AUGACGAUUAUAUGGAAGAAGCAAGGAGUUUGUGCUUCAUGCUUGGUUGUGAACGUUAAAAAUAAUGCCAUGUUCUUAUUUAUUCCUGGCCAUCAAUUUUACUUUCAGGUACCAAAAUUGGGUAAAAAUGUUAAUAUUGGUUUGGAUGGAUUUUAUUCCGAUGCCAAGACAGUAUUUGAUAAAAUUGUUUUUCGGAAGAAUCUAUAUGAAUUAAAGGAAAAUCGAAAAAUAAAACCAGAGGUAGAAGUAAAAGAUGAAUUUAACGACUACAAGGACGUUUGUAACAAGGUUGAUGCUGUUUUUAGUCAGAAAACCAUUAGAAUAUAA